CUACUGGAUAGGCUAGUGAUACAUAUAUAUCUCUAUAAAUAUCAUCAAACCGACGAGGCAGAUUAGCUAUCCACAGUCUCAUUCAUUAUCCUCACUUUAGUUUCUUAACUGUCACAACACUACGCGCGCACUCUCUCCUCUUAUUCCAUGGACCACCUACUCUCCAGUAUGAACAAACCAUCCGGUGGCCCCGGCAAGGAUCACUCCGGUGAUCACCACCAGAAGCAACAUCCUUCUUCGAAUGAGCUUUUCUCAAGCGCCAAGCAGGUGGGGGAGGCGGCUCAUACCGCCGCAAGCCAGGGGUUCGACAGGGUCGACAAGGGCAAGACGGCGGGCGCUGCAGCAGACCUUCUAGAUGCCGGGUCUAAGUACGGAAAAGUGGAGGAGAAGAGCUUCGGAAAGCACUUGGAGAAGGCAGAGGACCAUCUCCGCCAGUACGAGGCCAAGAAUAGCCCUGGCCAUGGCCACGCGCCGUCCUCUGAUGAUCAUCACCAAGCGGGCCAUGGCGAUGGUGGUCAUGAGAAGAAGCACUCAGAAGAAGGUGGAGUUGGGGGUUACAUGAAGAUGGCCCAGGGUUUCAUGAAAUAAUGUAAUAUAUAUAUAUGUAUAUUUUAGUUUCUGUUUAAGCUUUAAGGUAUGGUUUAGGUUUAUCAUGCCAUGGUCAUGGGUCUCUCUAUCUAUUUAUAUAUAUAUAUAUAUAUGUAUGUAUAUGUCGUGUUUUUCGUUUCUUCUACUAAGUGAGCAGGACUCUCUUAAAUAUUUA